UGUGUUUGUAGUAGGAUAGAUGGUUUAUCUCAGACCUCAAGAUCUUACAGUUUUUCACUUUUUUGGUUCUACACUUCUUGAAUUUUGUACUUUCGAAACUGCUUAAUAUUUGAAUUGGCGAGUCCAUGGCGGCGGAGAAGCAAGUUGUGUUCCUCAGUUUAUACGGGGAGGAUGUGCCGGACGGGGUCCCAAGCUACCUGAAAUCUGGCCUGGAACGCAGCGGAGUCAGCGUGUUGAGACGGGAUAACAAAGUGUCAGAAGACCUUCGAACGGUACUGAACAAGAUCCGGGAAUCGAGUUUCGUGCUGGUGAUCUUCUCUGUCGGUUUCGCCAAGUCACGCGAGUGUCUUGACGAGCUUGUGCUGGUGAAGAAACGGAUGGACAUAGGAAAGCUGCGUACGAUUCCAAUCUACUACAAGUUGGAGCCAGAGGACGUGAUCCGGGUCCAGGGUUUGUUCGGUAAAAAUCUCCUAAGGCGCGAGGAGGAAGAACAUAAAACCGCGAUGAGGAAUAAUAUGGAGGCUUUGCUGAGAUCGGAGGUGAGGAUCAAAAACUGGAGAGAAGCUUUGAAGUCUGUCACGACGACAAGGGACUUCAUGUACCGAGAAGAAGAUGACUUCAUUGAAAAACUAACCAAACAGGUUAAUAAGGCUUUUACAAAAGAUGAUCCCGCCACUAUGAACCAAUUGUCUCAGAUCACGAUCAAGAAACGUAAAGAAGAUUUGCUGUCUCUUAUGAGAAGUAUGGGUUUGGGGUUUGAAGGAAACUUUAGCUGGGAGACAUAUCCCAUAGAUAAACUCUCCAAGCAAUGUGAGGAACAAUUGAGCAAGUUGCUAUCUGAGGAAACUAAAAAGAAGGAAGGUGCCAACCCAAUACCAGUGUUUGAGAAAUCUCCCACAGUGAAUAACCAAGUGUUCAUCAGCUUCCGCGGCCAAGAUGUGCGCUCCAACUUUGUCUCACAUUUGAUACGUGCCUUGCAAAUGUAUGGGAUCAAUGUUGCGUUAGACAUCCAUGAAACUGUCAGAGGGCAGUCACCUUUUGAAUCCAUUUCCCGAAUGAUAAAAGGUUCGAGUAUUGCUUUGGUAGUCUUCACUCAAAACUACCUAGAGUCCAAAUGGUGCUUGCAGGAGCUGAUGGUGAUAAAAAAAUACAUGGAUGAGGGAAUGCUCAGAGUCAUUCCCAUCUUCUACAUGGUGGAGCCACGCGACAUGAGGAUAAAAGAAACGGGAGUGUUCGGUAAGCAUUCAGGAAACACUGACAAAGACACAAUCCUAGCAUGGGAUGCGGCUCUACGGUCAGUCAGUGCAAGGAUGGGCAUUAAGUAUGAUGCAAGUCGCGGCAGCUCAGAGAGUGAGCUUGUCAUGAAUAUUGUUGCGGCGGUUCAGCAAUUGUUGGCGGUUAUUUAAUCGAACUGUUGACAAAAAAAAAACACACACUUCUUUCUGUUUUAGGGCCUUAAGGGUCCAUCUAUAAACUUGAUUUCUUACGGUUUUGUAUUUGAUAUUUCAGCAUGAUGCACAUAAUGUCACGCUAAGUACUUCUUGCUGGUUUAUGCAUAUCUUUUAUAAAUGUUAUAUGUACGUGCCAAA